AUGUGUUUUAAAGAUAAUAAAGAGAGUCCAUGUGUUUUCAGGGCGGCAGCAGACACCGCAGCGGAACCAUUCACUGGAAACAUUCAGCGGAACCAAAACACGAGCGAACCACCGGAAGUGACGCAGUUCGCCUGGACCGUCAACGGCGUCAAGAGCAUCGGAGACUCAGACCCGGAAGCUCUACCCCCCGGACUCCAGGCUCUACUCCCCGGACUCCAGGCUCUACUCCCCGGACUCCAGGCUCUACUCCCCGGACUCCAGGCUCUACUCCCCGGACUCCAGGCUCUACCCCCGGACUCCAGGCUCUACCCCCCGGACUCCAGGCUCUACUCCCCGGACUCCAGGCUCUACUCCCCGGACUCCAGGCUCUACCCCCCGGACUCCAGGCUCUACCCCCCGGACUCCAGGCUCUACUCCCCGGACUCCAGGCUCUACCCCCCGGACUCCAGGCUCUACUCCCCGGACUCCAGGCUCUACUCCCCGGACUCCAGGCUCUACCCCCCGGACUCCAGGCUCUACUCCCCGGACUCCAGGCUCUACUCCCCGGACUCCAGGCUCUACCCCCCGGACUCCAGGCUCUACUCCCCGGACUCCAGGCUCUACUCCCCGGACUCCAGGCUCUACCCCCCGGACUCCAGGCUCUACUCCCCGGACUCCAGGCUCUACUCCCCGGACUCCAGGCUCUACUCCCCGGACUCCAGGCUCUACUCCCCGGACUCCUGCCUCUCUCUCCGGGCUCCUGCCUCUCUCUCCGGGCUCCUGCCUCUCUCUCCGGGCUCCUGCCUCUCUCUCCGGGCUCCUGCCUCUCUCUCCGCACUCCUGCCUCUCUCUCCGGGCUCCUGCCUCUCUCUCCGGGCUCCUGCCUCUCUCUCCGCACUCCUGCCUCUCUCUCCGCACUCCUGCCUCUCUCUCCGCACUCCUGCCUCUCUCUCCGGGCUCCUGCCUCUCUCUCCGGGCUCCUGCCUCUCUCUCCGCACUCCUGCCUCUCUCUCCGGGCUCCUGCCUCUCUCUCCGGGCUCCUGCCUCUCUCUCCGCACUCCUGCCUCUCUCUCCGCACUCCUGCCUCUCUCUCCGCACUCCUGCCUCUCUCUCCGGGCUCCUGCCUCUCUCUCCGGGCUCCUGCCUCUCUCUCCGGGCUCCUGCCUCUCUCUCCGGGCUCCUGCCUCUCUCUCCGCACUCCUGCCUCUCUCUCCGCACUCCUGCCUCUCUCUCCGGGCUCCUGCCUCUCUCUCCGGGCUCUUGGUCCAUGUCUCACAGAAGAUGAUGUUUGCUCUGCUUCUGUUGUUGACGCGACUGUGCAGCUGUGAAGCCGCAGACUCCGCUCCAGCCGCGCCGCGCGACGUGCACGUGCAGUCCGGUCUCCUGUCCUGGGCAGCAGCAGCAGACUCUAGCGUCUCGUUCUUGGUGGAGUACAGACAGAUCGGGGAUGAGUCGUGGUCGGUGCUGUCGUCCUGCUCCACCACAGCGCCCUCCUGUGACGUGAGUGCGGUACUGCAGGAGGCGCUCCACGGCUGUGUGCGUCUGCGGGUCUCUGCUCUGCGGGUCUCAGUGGAGCAGGUCUCUGCGGAGCGGGUCUCUGUGGAGCGGGACGGGCUGAGGUCUGAGGCUGUAGAGGCCUGCAGUGUCCGAGCAGAGAGGUGCACGCCCCAGAUGCGUGUGUCCGCCCAGCCGUCCUCUCUCGUGGUCCACCUGAUGCGCUCUCACUCGCUGUGGGAAGCGUUUGCGGACCAUGCGCAGCACCAUGUGUGUCUGCACCAGGACCCACAGGACUGUCACACCAGCACCGUCACUACCAGCUUCAACCAGCUGCAGCCGGGAAGCCAGUACUGCGCCUCUGCUCAGUUCGUGCUGUUCUCGCGGGAGCUGGUGGGUCUCCCUCUGUGCCCCCUCUGCACCCGGGUACUGGCCCCGUCUGGGUGGUCCGCCUGGGGGGUGGGUCUGGCCGUGGGUCUGUCUCUGCUCGGACUGGGUCUCACCGUGGGGGCCGCGUACGGACUGCUGUUCCAGAGAGAGAGGCUCAAGAGGCUCCUGAGGCCGGCUCCCAGACCGCAGUGUUUCAGUCUGCCACAAGAGGGCGCUGUGCUGCUGCAGGAGGCGCUGGUCUGCACCCCAAAGGAAGAGGGCUGUGGGGUCAUCUCUGCUUUCAUACCACAAGACCAGGACCAGGACUGA